UGUCAACUUAAAACAAGCUUAUUUUAAAUGUAAGUUGUCUGCAAAUGAACAAGACCGGCUUUACACUCCAAACUACGUCGUAUUACUGAACGUGUGUAUAAAAUAUCAAAUAUAUAUAUAUAUAUAUAUGAGUGGUGACGAGGAUUAAAAAGCAAAGGCCGAUCACCUUAGGCAUUAAAGAAAUCAUUUUAAGAUGGGAAUCAUUGUGAUUCUCAUCAUUUUGGUAGCCUCCUCCUCUUCAUGCCAAGCGAUGUUCACUGAUCAAGUAGGAGCAAAACAGAAAAUUGAUAAGUUUGUGGUACUGUUCACACCAAAUUACUGCUCCACAGGUACACAGACCUGUCGUUCUAACCUGCCUGACUAUUUUACAAUCCACGGCAUCUGGCCGAAUGAAUUGUCCCCACCAAUACCAAGAACUUUCGAUUUAACUCUUUUAAAAGACCAACCCUUGGAAGACCUCCGAACACAUUGGCCAGGUUUAAAGAACAGCAAUGACGCAAAUGAGGAAUUCUGGAAGUACGAGUGAGAAAAACAUGGACGUUAUUUCUCUGGUACUCAAGUUGAGUAUUUUCAGAAAGGAAUCAAUCUAUUACGUACUGAAGAGAUACAGAAAGCUCUGAGUGAACUCUUGAUUAAUGGAAAAAAGUACGUGACUGUCGAUAUUCUUAAACGGCUCAAAGAGAUAACGAAAUCUAACCCUGCAUUCUCUUGCAAGGAUUUAAAGGAAGGAACUACAAAGUUACUGGUCGAGGUAACAUUUUGUCUCGAUCCCGAUUUAACCACUCACAAGGAUUGCCCGGAAAAACAGAGUUGUUGAACAGAGUUUUAUGUAGACACUUCUACACCCUCUCCUUCUCCUUCUACUCGUUAUGUAAUAACAGAGAAAGCCGUUGCUUCCUUCUUCUUCAUUUGGUAAGCCCCUAGUUUGGCCUUCUUUUGUGCUCUUAGUCAAGCAAAACUCUAUCAAUAAAUAUGUAUUGUAAUAAUUUAUAUUGUAUUAGUUUGUACUAUUUUAAUAUAUUGUAUUGAUAUAGUACAAUAUUUUAUGCAUAACCGUAUUAUAAUGAAUAACAGAGGAAGCCGUUGCUUCCUUCUCUUUGUAAGCCCCUUACUGGGCCCUUUUUUGUGCUCUUAGGCACAUAAGACUAUAUUAAUCUGUAUUGUAUUGGUUAGUAUUGUA